CAGAAAGCAGUUGUGUGAUAGGUGGUACCGGGGCCGCGGCUGGAGCGGCCAGGUUGGUUGCUGCGUUCGGUGUUUUCCUGCAUAUGGCAUAGAGGCUUUAUUGCUUUACCAUGAGUGCGGAGCCUGAUGCACUAGCAGUUGUUAACCAGCUGCGAGAUCUUGCUGCAGAUCCAUUAAACCGGCGACCCAUCGUACAGGACCAAGGCUGCCUUCCAGGGCUUAUUUUGUUUCUUGACCAUCCCAACCCCCAAGUUGUGUACUCAGCGCUACAGGCUUUAAGACACUGUGGAGAGUGUUUGAAGUCCAGAAGGAGAAAUCAUUGCAUUCUUUGGAUGUUGUUAGAGCUUUGAAAUAUUAUGUUGAAGACUACUACACCUGGUGAUACUCAGCUUCUCGCCACUGAAGUCUAUGACCUUCUUCAGUCAUCCGGUACAGCAGAUGGUGACAGUAUGAAUGAGAUGAACUCACGACGAAGAAAAGCACAAUUCUUUCUGGGAACUACAAAUAAACGUGCCAAAACAGUGGUUUUACACAUCGACGGCCUUGAUGAUACUUCUCGCAGGAGCCUUUGUGAAGAUGCUCUGCUGAAAAUCAAAGGAGUCAUUAGCUUUACAUUUCAAAUGGCAGUUCAAAGAUGCGUGGUCCGAAUAAGAUCAGAUCUCAAAGCAGAGGCUUUGGCAUCGGCAAUAGCAUCCACCAAAGUUAUGAAAGCUCAGCAAGUUGUAAAAGGCGAUGCUGGUGAAGAGCUAUUAGUUCCAUUUCAAGACAAUCCAGUGGAGGUUGAACAAAAUACAGAUUUGCCAGAUUACCUACCGGAGGAUGAAAGCCCAAUGAAGGAACAAGACAAAGCAGUAUCCCGUGUUGGCUCACUCCAGGAUGGUGGAAGCAGUUGGCUCAGCACCGCUGCAAACUUUUUAUCAAGGUCCUUCUACUGGUGAUAUGUACUUGGAACUUGGACUGCAAACCACUUGGACGGUUUUCAUCAAUUCUCUAAACUGCAAAGUGCAAUUUGCAAUAAAAUAUCACAUGAUUUUCAAUCCCACAACAUAUGCUGUUGUAAACCUUCCUCAAACGCAAGCUACAUUCAAGGCAGAGGGCACAAGUAUUGCUUUGUUUUAUUGUGUGUUGCCUCACUUUGUAUAUGGGUCCACUGUUUGCUAAUACAUUGUAUGCCAAAUAAUUAUUUUAAAGCUUUUGCUUUAUUCAGACAUACAGGAAGCUCAUUUUUCACUUCAAUUCUCAGGAUCUUUCUUCUCAUUCUAAUUAUUAUAUUAGAUGUGCAUGAAAGUCACUGUUUUGUUGUUUGUUUUUUCUUUGCCUUAUUUUUUAUAGAAGUAUUUUCCUUUUGUGACUUUUACUUUUAUCAAUAGCAAUUUGGCUUCAAAUUGUCAUUGAAGGGGUAAAUGUUCCAAGACUUAAACUGUUUAUGCCUUGUUUAGAAACCAGAAAUGCUUUCAUAUGCCACAAAUGUGCCGUUCUAUUAUGAGAUUUGGUAACAGUGAACAUAUUCUAUUCUACUAGUGGAAAAUAAACAGGGGCCUUCUGACUUUUCAUCAUACUGACUUGAAGUCAUUCUAGCAUUUGUUGAAAUAUUUUUACUCUAAGCACUGUGGGAAGACCCUUGUUUUGGUUUUAACAUCCUACAAAGCUGAUGCGUAACAUAUUUACAUUUUUUUUAUUGGUGCAGCAGCCAUACUGAAAUCUGACUGUGUAGUAUUUGUAGUUUUUCUUUCGUUCCUCAGGUAAAAUUAGUGUGUUAAAGGUUGUUUAUGGGGGAAAACGAAAUGGUUUAUAGUGUUUUGUACUGUUUAAGCGAAGCUACCAUAUUGUGGAAUACACGUUCUACUAUAUAUUAAAAAAAAAAUCCUUUUUGGGGUACUUUUCAUUUAAUAAGAACAAUACCACUAAUUUAAACUAAAGCUGUAAUAAAAUUAUUAUACUUUAUGUUGCCUGAUUAAAAUAUGGUGCCAUUUUUAAGUUCA